AUGACCGGGCCCUUAGUGCCUUCUAUAGAUCCCUGGGAUGCACUUCCAGGAGACGAACUAGGAGAAAGAAAACAUUUGCUACGCUAUUAUGUCGAAGCGUUCGUACCGAGCGUAUCAGUGGCGACGACUACGUCAAGCUUCUACACUGGUCUAUAUAUUCCUUGGGCCUUUGAAUGCGAUGGCAUGCUUGACGCUAUUCUUGCCCUCUCUUCAGCCCAGCUAGCCCGCCGGAGUGCAAGCAAUGAUCGUGCACAGCACCUUCGCAGUGUCUCAGCGAAGCACCAGCGCAAGUGCCAUUCCUUCCUGUCGAACCGUGUCCCGGAAACCGGCGGCCCGCCCCGUGAUGCCUACCAGGUUAUCGGCAUCAUCUUACUACUUGUUGGUCUCGAAGCCCUGAACGGAGAUAAGAGUACACGAUGGCUCUCACAGAUGAAAUGCGUCCGUGGCAUCCUCCAAAUGUUAGGCGAUCCUGGCGACUCAUGGGAGCUCCACUCGCUACGUAGGCACUUCACUUACCACAACGCCAUGGCAUCCCUUAUGGCGCGAGUAUCAAAGAACGAGUCACUCUUCGUAUACGACGAUCUGACGCUAGCCUGCGAGCCUGACACGCCGCUGGUCGUCGAUCCACUAAUGGGUAUCACAUACUACCUCUGUAGUUUGAUCUCGCGCAUACAAUACGUGAGCUCAACGAAUCCCGCCUUCCCACAAAUCUCGGAAGCUGCAUUCUCGGUCAUCGAGCGCGAUAUCCAACAAUGGACGUAUGGAUCCCCAAUAGGGCUUCCUGGUCUUGAUCUCCCACAAGCCCUUGACCUCAUCGCGCUUGCAGAGGCCUACCGCCUCGCCGCAUUAAUACAGCUGUACCGCACAUCUGCAGCACAUAAAUCGCUCAUAUCCUCUUGCGCGACUCGCGCGAUGGAGUUCAUGUCCCGAAUACCGCCAGGAAGCCCCGCGGAGUCCAGCCUCCUCUAUCCUAUCUUCCUCGCCGGCGCGGAGCUGGACAACGAACCCGAGAUAUCGAAAUGCUUCAAGAGACUCGCGGAGAUCCAGCAAAGGAACUGUUACGAGAACACGAACAAUGUGCAGAAAGUGCUGGAGGAGGUCUGGAGGCCUGCUUUGAACGGAGAGCAGAAGCGCGACUGGGAAGACGUGCUGCAAGAGUGGGGCUGGUCGUUCACACUGGGAUGA